CUAUUCAUCAAAUACGCACAAAUGGUUUACGUAAUCUAGGCAAUACAUGUUAUUUAAAUUCGGUAGUGCAAAGUUUAUCGCAUACAAGAGCAUUAGUUCAUUAUUUUCUUGAUGGUCUACAUGAACGUAAAGCGAUUGUAUCCAAUUGUCUUGGUUAUGGUGGGGAAAUUGUGAAACAUUUUGAAUUGUUACUUUCUGCAUUGUAUAAUCAAUCAAAUCAAGAUAAUGAAUUAUAUAAAUUUAGA